AGCUCAUUUGAGUCAGGCGUCAGAAGAGCCAGCCCGGGGUCCUUCAGAGCUGUCAACACUGCCUGGAGGGAAGCAGUGCGGCGGAGAGAGAAGGUCAGGAUGGUCCAGAAAAUACUCAAUAAGUUCGUCGGUGCCAAGUACAUCACUAUACUGAGGACGUGGAUACCUAACAUGGUUGCCUGGGGAACAGUGGGCGGUGUGGCACUGAUCAACUUCACAGACUGGCGGUUGUUUCUAGAUUAUGUGCCGUACGUUAAAGGGAAGUUCAACGAGGAUGAAUAAAGUCUCGCAUAACUCUACAAUGACCAGAGCUUGGGAAUGGGCAUACUGUAUAUGGGUGGAUUGCUUGCAAAUCGAAAAACUUAACUAGGACGACCCUGGCUCAGCCAUCAGUCACCGGGGACUUGUUAGGAAGGAGUUUGGACGUCGGGAUGCAGUCUGGAAAUUAAUUUUCCAUUAUUAUUAAAUGUGAAUAAAGCUUUAAUGUUCUA